AUGUCUGGGAAACCCAAGCUGCACUACUUCAAUGGGCGAGGCCGAAUGGAACCAAUACGGUGGCUACUAGCAGCCGCCGGGGUUGAGUUUGAAGAAUGUUUUCUGGAAACAAAGGAUGAUCUGAUAAAGUUACAGAAGGGUGGAUCCCUGCUGUUUCAGCAAGUGCCAAUGGUGGAGAUUGAUGGGAUGAAGAUGGUGCAGACCAGAGCCAUUAGCAACUACAUAGCAACGAAGUACAACCUCUACGGGAAAGACCUGAAGGAGAGAGCCCUAAUUGAUAUGUAUGUGGAAGGGCUAUUGGAUCUGUAUGAGUUACUCAUGACCCAUAAUUUCCAACCAGCGGAUAAAAAGGAGCAACAUUUAGCUACUAUUGUGGACAAGGCCACAAACAGAUACUUCCCAGUCUAUGAGAAGGUUUUGAGAGACCAUGGACAAGACUUCCUUGUUGGCAAACAGCUUAGCAAGGGGGAUGUGCUACUACUUGAAACCCUUUUAAUGGCAGAAGAAUGCAAGCCUGAUAUACUUGCCAAAUUUCCUCUCUUGCAGAGUUUUAAAGCAAGAAUAAGCAAUAUCCCCACCAUAAAAAAAUUCCUGCAGCCUGGCAGCCAGAGGAAACCACCAACACAAGAAAAAGAUGUACCAAAAGUGAUUAAAAUUUUCCACUGA